CAUCUGUGAGCGUUUAGAACGAACGAAAGCUUAUAUUUGUACUUCGUCUUCAAACGUCGCAUUUUCGCGUAUCAUGGAGGAUAAGAACGCAUCUAACAAUAACGCAGCUGCGGAAAACGCAGCCGCCGCUUCACCAGCGAAGAAGGCUGCGAAGUCCAAAGCGAAGGCUCAGCGUCCGAAGUCGACACAUCCGUCAACCGCGGAGAUGGUUAAGACUGCCAUCAAGGAGCUGAAGGAUCGCAAAGGCUCUUCGGUGCAGGCUAUCAAGAAAUACAUAGCAUCGACUUACAAGGUCGAUGGUGAAAAAUUCGCUCCGUUCAUUAAGAGAUACUUGAAGGCAGCAGUCACAUCUGGCGCAGUGGUACAAACCAAAGGAAAAGGCGCAUCAGGCUCAUUCAAGCUCCCAACCACCAAGCCUACUCGUACCAAGAGUAGCAAGACGAAACGAGUUGUGAAGAAACCAGAAACCGUCAAGAAGACAGCUGAAAAGAAAACUGUAAAGAAGGCACCUGCACCGAAGAAGACGGAGGCCAAGAAAGCGCCAGAAAAGAAACCAGCUCCGAAGAAGGCAGCUGCCAAAACAGCAGCAGCGAAGAAGGUUGAAGCUGCAGCUAAGCAAAAAGCUGUUGCUCAAACGAAAAAUCUAUCUAAAACCAAAAAAGCUACUAAAGCUCCGGCUGCUAAAACAAAAACCCCCAAGCCGAAAUCUACUAAGACAGCGGCUGCUAAGACUGCCAAGGCAAAGAAAUAAUUUUCUGACACUGACACUGACUCUGCUUCUGAUAUAAACUGGCCCUUUUCAGGGCCCCA